AUGUCGGCUAGAGAAUCACAUCGUAUAAAGGAGGCAGAAAAAAAGCGCGUCUUGGAUGAAUUCGCUCGACAACGAAGGGCCCGUAAGGCUCUAGAAGCCCUAGAACAAGAUAAUUUUCAUGAAGAUCCACAUGCCGAUCUGGUAAUGUCCAAAAAGCUGCCUAAAUUUUAUGAUAACUUGGAAAAUAAUCGUUCAAAAAAGACAAAAAGGAAGGGAGCUGAUUACUAUAAAGCAAAAUAUAGGAAAAAUUUUAUCCAACUUUUAGAAGAAGAAAAAAUUUACAGACCAGAAGCUCCCAAUUAUUUUAGCGCCCAAGCUUCACCAUCAAAUUUACCUCCCCGGCAUUUUUGCGCAGUUUGUGGAGAUUUUUCAAAUUAUACUUGCACAGCUUGUGGUACAAGAUAUUGCUCGAUUCGAUGUCUAGGAACACAUCAAGACACACGGUGUCUAAAAUGGACUGCUUAGAUUUUUCAUAGUUACAUAUAUAAAAAAGAAAAUAUGCGUGCUCAUAAAAUAAAAUCCGUUUUGCCUACAACUUUUUGGUUAAA